AUGAACCUCGUCACCACCCUAUUUAAGGUCAAACGGAUCCCAGGGAGCAGGCUUAUUGGUGAGCAGUCUCUUGAUAACUCCAGCUUUAGACAACAGGAGUAUCGAGAUUGUCUCCUCCACAACCUCUCCCACCCCGGGGUCGAUUCUAUCCUCCUUUUAGUCGAGGGGAUCGCAGCGUACCGGGAGCUUUGCCAUCCCCUUCUCGCCAAUCGCCCCCUCACAUCAGGCAGCGGUAAACUCAUCCCGAUACUAUUCUCCGGCUCGACGGUUAUGCGAGAGGGGCGCACCCCGUCCAUUGGGCAACCUACCAGGCUUCCCACCUACGAAGACCUCUUUCGGAUUGCGAACCAGCUGGCACCAGGCACACCUUGCAUGGUGUGCAACGCCGAUAUUUACCUCUCCCCACAACAUUUUAGGGUUCCCGAUGUGGUGAAUCUCUUCAAACGAGAAAACGCCUCGCACCCUUCAUUUGAAAGGGAAUCUGGGGAGGAAAAAUGGAAGCGGGUGGCGCUCGCGCUGACGAGGUAUGAAAGCGACCACCCACGCGACGCACCGCUGAUUUCGGACUACAGAGGCUCUCAUGAUGCGUUUAUUGUGCGCCCGCCGCUGCCGGAAAGCUUCCUUCGGGCUGUGGCGCACCCCCAGAAUGCGUACCAGGCGGAAAACAUCGUCAUUCAUGAGCUUCGGCGUAGUGGUUAUACGGUCCUGAACCCUUGUCUAGACCUGCAUAUCAUUCACCGACACGCGUCGGGGAUUCGGCAGUGGCUUCCCUCGGUAGACCCCACUCGAUAUGGGCGGGCAGCCCCCACUACGAUGCGAGACGUGACAUUGAAGUUAGCCCAAAAUAUUUAA